AUGUCGACCAACAUUCUGCUUUCUCUUCCUAAAGAGGUGAUCACCAUGGAGAUACUCUCGAGGUUACCGGUAAAAUCUAUUCUACGGUUCAGGUCCGUUUGCAAAACUUUUGUCCACUUAUUCAGUGAUCUCGGUCAAGAUGAAGAAUUUGUCAAGCUACACCUUAGUAAUGCUCUUAACAACAACUACUUGAAUAUCAUGCUAACUGGAGAUAACCAAAUAUAUUCAGUGGAUUAUUUUGAUGCAUCGUCAUGCAAGAUUAAUGCUAUCGAAAUCGACUAUCCAUUCAAAUCUCAUCUGAUCAAAGAGGUUCAUAUUUGGGGUUCAUGCAAUGGAUUGCUUUGCCUAGGUAUUAAACAUAUGGAGGAUGAAUGUAUUUGUUUUUGGAACCCAUCUACCAAUGAGUACAAGAGAAUACCAACACCACCAGAAUAUAUUAUGCCCUACGGGCAAGAAUCAUAUGGGUUUGGUUACGAUUGUGCCAAUGAUGAUUACAAGUUGGUUAGCUUAAUGUUUGAGAUCAAUACUGCUGUCGUCAACAACAUGUUUAUGUUGCGACGGUAA